AUGGCUGAUGAUAACAAGAAACUCAAUCACGACGAAGAGGCAAGUCCUCUUCUCCACCACCAACAACCUAAAUCAGCUGAACAACAACCAACACAGCAGGAACUUUUUCAUCUAUGGACCGCUGACGGUGUUCCCAUGGCCCAUGGAAGCGUAAUGGGCCAGCCUAUUCCUCGUUCUCCUUGGAAUUCCAACGUCUGCGCUUGUCUCGGUCAAAGCGAUCACUUUUGCAGCAGCGAUCUAGAAGUUUGUCUUCUUGGGAGUGUGGCUCCUUGUGUGCUGUAUGGAAGCAAUGUUGAGAGACUUGGGUCCAAUAAUCCGGGGACAUUUGCAAAUCAUUGUUUGCAUUAUUCUGGCCUCUAUGUAAUUGGGAAUUCCUGCUGUGGUUGGAAUUGUCUUGCUCCGUGGUUUUCAUAUCCUAGCCGGACUGCGAUACGGCGCAGGUUUAAUUUGGAGGGAAGUUGUGAAGCACUUAAUAGGUCAUGUGGGUGCUGCGGAAGCUUUUUGGAAGAUGAGGCGCAGCGCGAACAGUGCGAGUUGGCAUGUGACUUUGCAACUCAUUUCUUUUGUCAUGCAUGCGCUCUUUGUCAAGAAGGCCGUGAGCUCCGCCGUAGAAUGCCUCAUCCUGGCUUCAAUGCCCAACCAGUAUUGGUUAUGAUCCCUCCUGCAGAGCAGGCAAUGGGUCGUGGGGCUUGA